AUGGAUGCACAAGCGGUUAUUGACAGUGUCAAGCCUCUUGCUGGACAGGUUUUGCCGGUGAAAACUGUCCAGGAGACGCAGGCGCCGGAAGAGUUUGCCGACGCUUAUGCUGCAGAAGUCAAUGUGAAAUGUGCUUCAAAGGUUAUCAAAGCCCUCGAUUCAAAAUUCAACCGUGAUACCUCGUUAAAUCACCUCCGCCGGUUCGCAAAACGCAACCAGCUACCGGAAGCCCUGCAAUCCACCAUCUCCCAGAAUCAGAAUAAUAAUGGACACUCCGCGCAUACCAUCUUCGUCCUGAUUUCCCCUCCGACGGCCGAUCUAGACACCCUACAAACUCUCCUGGCCCCAUUCGCACCCGGGCCACCAGCGCCCGAGGAAAACCAUACCACAGAAGCAUGUUCAUCGGAUAAUGCGAAAAUCCCGUUCUACCCCGUCCGCAUUCCGCUUCAACCACCUUUGAAUGCUCGUCAAGCGGAAAAAUGGACCAAGGCCAUGUGGCCGGUGAUCUUCAACCCGGCUGCCCCGCGCGCGAAUGUCGCCCCGCCGCCGCAGAUUCUAAAUCGCGCGCUGGAUUCUAUCAAGUCUAGGGCGGGGUUUUACAUGGCGCUGGCGCUGAUAGUGGCUGACGAAGCUGAGCAUUCGGGGCUGGGGAGGAGGGUUGGUGCUGUAAUUGUUGAUCCGGCUGUUGAAGAGACGAUAGAGGCAGAAUGGGAUGAGGCAGUUGUGGCUGUUGCGGGUGAUGCACGGUACAGCCGUCUUGAGAAGUCAGAAUUGCAACUUGGCCAGGGGCCUAAUCCUGCGUCUCAUACAUACAAUGCAGACUUGGAGGGAGGUCCGGAACUGCAUGCGCUAAUGCGUGCAGUGGACAUUGUCGCCUGUAGACGACGAGAAGACAACACAGCAUCCGCACCAGACAAUGGAUACCUCAGUCCCCUAGAAUCGCAUUUUUUCUACCAAUCCGACGCACCGCCUGUGACAGAUACUACAGAUAUCUCCCCGAUCCCCGAGAAACUCCAGAAAAUCGACACGACCACCUCCCACUGCACCAAAUCCGCUGGACCCGCCGUAUCAAAAUCCCGAAUCCGUCCUCGCACACUUGGUGGCUACCUCUGUACAGAUCUAGAUGUAUAUCUAUCCCGCGAACCAUGUCUCUGCUGCUCAAUGGGCGUGCUACUGUCGCGCUUCCGCUCGGUGGUCUUCCCGCGCAGAGGACGGAUGGUUUCUGGCGGUAUUGCUUCAGAGCCGGUCGUUUCACCUAUUUGCGACAAUGAUAACGACGAUGACGGCGAGAUUGAUGCAGAGCCGAUCGAGAAUACAGGGGACAAGUCGAGGGAUCCCCAGAAUAAUAGGAAAUACUACGGGUUGCAUUGGCGCAAGGAGUUGAACUGGCGGGCAUUGGGUUUCGAGUUUGUAGAGGAUGGAGUCUCGUUCGAGAUGGGGAUUGAGGGAGAGACUGGUGUUGCAUUUCAUGCAUAG